GCGGAAAUAGAAAGCCUUCUUUUCUCUAUUUAAGCGCGCCAACAAAGACCAUCCCAGGCCAGGGCACCCAUCUGCUGCACUACUCCACUGACAGCACACUGGAAACGUCGUCAUUACUGUUCUUCUGAAAAGAAACAAAACAAAACAUAAAAAAAUGCCAGAGGAAACCGCCGCCGCGUCGAGCUCUGGGAGCGCUGAGGAGGAGAAGCCGUGCUCAUCAGGAGCAGCUGCAGCAGCAGCAGCAGACAGCUCAGCUGAUGUGAUGGAGGAGGCAAAGAAACUGAUCGGCACGGGGAACAGGCAUCUGGUCAUGGGGGACGUUGUUUCUGCUGUCAGUGUCUUCCAGGACGCCUGUGGCAUGCUGGCUGCAAAGUACGGCGACACUGCUGAUGAGUGUGGCGAGGCCUUUUUCUUAUGUGGGAAAUCCCUGCUGGAGCUUGCCAGGAUGGAGAACAGCGUCCUUGGCAAUGCCCUGGACGGAGUCCCGGAAGAAUCGGAGGAAGAGGAGCAGCCCAGCAACUCAAAUAUUGAAAGUGCCAACAACCUUGACGAAAAAACUAGAGAUGAGCUACGAAAGCAGGUGUAUGAUGCAAUGGCGGAGGAGGAAAAGGCCGAGGAUGCUGACGGCGGCACAGGGGUGAAAAAAGAAAACGGCGAGGCGACGUCUCCAGUCAAACAAAGCGCGAACGGUUCGGAGGAACCGCCAAGUUCUGCUGUAAAUGGGGAAGAAAGGAGUUCAGUCCAGGAAGCCAAAGCGAAUGGAGCCGAGAAGAGUGGUCCUGCAAACGGUGUCGGGGAAGGAUCCCCCAGAAAAGAAACGAAGAUGGAAAAGAAGGCUGAGGGUUCAGAGGAAAAGAACGGAGAGGUGGCUGAGGCAAAGGCAGAAAACGGGAAAGAGGAAUCUAAACCAGAGGCUGAACAAGAUAAAGCGGAACCAGAGGAUGAUGAGGACGACGAUGAUGAUGAUGACGACGAUGAUGAGGACGGUGAAACAAAUGGGAAAGAUAAGGAAGAAGAGGAAGUUGGAAAUUUGCAGUUGGCAUGGGAAAUGCUGGAGGUGGCCAAAGUCAUCUACAAAAGAAAGGAAAACAAAGACGACCAGCUGAUGGCAGCACAGGCAUAUCUGAAACUCGGAGAAGUCAGCGCUGAAUCGGGUAACUAUCCCCAGGCCUUGGACGACUUCCAGGAGUGCCUCGCCCUGCAGCUGAAGCACCUGCCUCCCCACAGUCGUCUGCUGGCUGAGACCCACUACCACGUUGCCACUACGCUUUGCUACAUGGAUCAGUACAGCCAGGCCAUCCAGCAUUACAACAGCUCCAUAAAAGUCAUCGAGACCCGACUGGCCAUGCUCCAGGAGGUGAUCAGUGCAGCAGAUGGGGCAGCAGAAGAGAACAAUGAGAUGGAAGAGCUGAAGCUGCUUCUGCCCGACAUCAGGGAAAAAGUGGAAGAUGCCAAGGAAAGCCAGAGAGUAGCCAGCGUCGCCUCCCAGGCCAUUCAGCAGACACUAGGCGGCGCCUCAACUUCAUCAGCAUUCCCGUGUGAAAAUGGCGGCCCCUCAUCAUCGUCAUCGUCCUCCUCCUCGGCGUUUGCGACAAGCAGUCAGAGUCCCGUAAAAACAUUCGACAGCGAUUCGUCUUCCAAAACAGUCUCGAACAUUUCUCACCUCGUCAGGAAAAAGAGGAAACCAGAGGAGGAGAGCCCAGUAACGGACACUGGCGCUAAACAAGCGAAACAGGAAACCUCAGUUAAUGGCAGCGGUGACUCUAGUGCCAGCAACGGCAAUGGAGUCCAGGAGGGAAAAUCACAGGAGCCUGCCUCUCAGUCGGCCUCGGUCGAGUCCUCGGCGUGACGGUCUUUGUCUCUUUCCUGAUCUCUGAAACCAGCACCGCAUGCCAGUCCAACUCCUCAACACUUUUGUUUCUGUAAAUAAGAUCCAUUUUCAUAGAUUUUGUCUGUCAAGUUUUGUAUACUUGUAGUAAAAAAAAAACAAAAAAAAUAUAAUAAAGAAUUUGCAGAUGUAAAAA